AUGAUCAGAAUUUAUUUAUUAACUCUAUACGUCACAAUUGUCCUCGGAUCAGAAUGUGAGCUAAGCGAAUGGACAGAGUGGAGUACGUGCUAUGGCACGUGCUAUUAUGGUCAAGCUGUUCGCAAUCGUGACGUUAUUCGUCCAUCACUUCCGGAUAGUUUUGGCGCUCCUACGAGACGAUGCCCACAUCUCUACGAGACCUCAUCCUGCACUCCAGACUUAUGUGAGGGUGCAUCCGAAAUUGUCGAUCUUCCUAGCGAAUCCGGUCGACAAAAGGCACCUGUCAAGGUAGUGAUCGAAAAACAGCUUUUGGACAAAGGAGGGCUAGAAAAUGAGGUUGUUCAUGUGCCUCGAAAAAUGAAUGGAGGAGGCAUCGAAUUAAGAGAUCUACCUCGUUUUCCCAGUGAAAAGAGGAGAUCUCAUGGACAAAGAACACGAACUGUCGAACAGUUGGCGGUAGAACUAGAAGCCGAUCAUCGCCCUUCUUUUAAGGGAGAAAUAAUAGCCGAAGGCAGAAUGUUGACAAGGCAGAAUAUGUCUCGUAAGGCAGCAAAUAACAAUUCGGGCGUAUUUUUGGACACUCUGACCGUGGAUCUUCCCAAACAUUUGAAACCAGCCAAGGAAAAGAAAAUACUGGUGGCUAAGCAGAGCACAUUCUCGGAAGAUGACGAGAAAUACACUGCUGGACAGUCUCAAAUCAGCGAUGUUCUACGAGAACUUGAAACAGCCACUGAUUUCAAAACACCUCUGGAUGAUGAACAUAUCCGUAAGGUGCUUCGAAGGAAUAGAAAACUUAUGAAAGCGUUGGUGGAAGCGUAUAAACUUAGGACGACUACAAGUACCACCACAAUAGCAACGAGUUCCUUGCCAGAUGAGGAAGAUGAAUUGAAUUUGUAUCCGAGCACAACCGAUGAGUCCCAAGAUUUAUCCACUGCAACAGAGCCUACAGCUAAUUCGACCUCUACAGAUGAUCCAAACUUGCAGGAAGACGAGACAACGACGUCAAAUUUCAAUACAGAGUUACCGUCUACGACAGAGGAAAGUUCCUCUUCAUCGGAGUUCCUUAGUGCCACGAGUGAUGAGAGCGAAGAGAGUUCUACUCCGGAUAACGUCUCAUACAUAUACGACAAUCCACUGGAUGGUGACGUUAGGGUUCCCACGAGAACGACUGCUGAAUCCGACUUCAGUGACCAAGGUUUUACGGAAAACACGAAACCUACAGAAGCGACCGUACAGCACAGCGAAUCGGCGGUGACAGAAGAAAUUGACGGAAAAUCUUUCACCGAUCUGUUGACCUCUCAGGAUUUCGAUGAAUCCUCGGAUGCGUUAGCUUCCAACUCGUUUGCGGAGAAUGAAGACUUGGAAGCAUAUGAAACAACUCCGUCGACAACGAGUGUCAUGACAACAGAAGCCACAACGACAACGACUACAACACCUCCGUACUGGCCACGAAAGGGAUAUGUUCCGAAUACUCGAAAACAUGCCUCGGAAAUCACUUCAAAACUUUACAUGACACAAGAAAUUGUCCAGGCUCUGUCCGAUGAUCCAAUUCGUCGUUCACCCAUACUUAGAUUAGACUGUCUGGAAAAUCGACGUUGCUGUAAAAUUACACGAACCGAAUGCUCCGACGGUACGAUACCGAAAUAUGUGAAGAGAUAUUACAGGCCGCGAAUGUCGGAAGCAUGUGUUCCUUAUCAUUAUCCAAGAUGCUCACAAAGUGAAGAGAUGGAGGAGCAACCGAUACAGUACGAACAAAACUGUCAGGAUCUUUGUUUUAGGGGACCGGAAAAACGUAUUUCUCCGCUGCUUAUGUUAUCCGAGAACUAA